ACUCGGCCGGCAGGCACACCUCCUUCACCGGCGAUCCCCGGCUCGCCGUCGCUUGCGGCGAAGAAGCCGCAGCACCCACCAAGUCGAUUCGGCAGCGAACAACGUCAUUGCUAACGCGGCGUGGACGAAGAGCAGCAGUGAGGAGCGCUGGACGCGGGAUCGAGUUCUCUGAUUGAGAUCCGACCAUCUUCCUUGAUUUGAUCUCUUUGAGAGAUCAUAUUUUAAGAGGUUAGUAAAAUGAUUGAACGAGCACGUGUUCAUCUGAAGGGAUGGCAGCAAGCAGCAGUAGCUAUUGGUUCUGCUUUUGGUGCUCUGAUGGACCCCAGAAGAGCAGACCUAAUUGCUGCUCUUGGGGAGACAACUGGUAAACCAGCUUUUGAAAGAGUGCUCGAGCGAAUGAAGAAGAAUCCUGAAGGAAGAGAAGUUCUAUUGAACCAGCCGCGAGUUGUAUCUGCACAGGUCUCUCAUGCAUGGGACAUGCCAGAGAACACCUUCGGCUGGGCUUAUGCGAGGUUCAUGGGAACAAGAAACUUUUCCCCUGAUGACCGACCACCAGUUCGGUUUAUGGACUCUGAAGACUUGGCAUAUGUAGCCACACGUGCUCGGGAGGUGCACGACUUCUGGCACGUCCUAUUUGGUCUUCCAACUAAUUUGAUUGGUGAGUCUGCCCUUAAAGUAAUAGAAUUUGAGCAAAUGCUUCUCCCAAUGUGCUUUCUUUCUGUGAUCGGCGGAUCAGCAAGGUUCAGUGAGAAACAGAGGGCUUUAUUCUUCAGGCAUUAUUUCCCAUGGGCAGCUCGUGCCGGAAUGAGUUGCACUGACUUAAUGUGUGUGUACUAUGAGAAGCAUUUCAAUGAGAAUUUGGAUGAGUUGAGAAGGAAAUGGGGAAUCAUUCCUUGCCCAGAUCCGAAAGCAAAAACCUAAUUUCAUUGACAUUGUCUUCUAGUUGUUCAUGAAGAUUUAAGGAUGGUGCCAAAGAGAUGCUGAUUGUUUGAGUAUGUAUUAAUGUACUAGCUUUCUGAUGUUACUUUGUUUGUGUGCAAAUAGAAAUAAGAUAAUUUUAACUGUUUUCCUUAA